AUGGCCUCGGCGUCCAGCAAAGUCGGCGGCCUGGCCGUCGCAGUGCGCGUCAUUGUGCCCGUCGCCCUCGGAUCCGCCGGGUACGCCGCCUACCGGGUGAACUGGCCGACCGCGAUCCAUUCCUUCCUGACGGGGCCGGGACGCACGUCGCGGAUCCUGCUCCUGCUGUUUGCGGUGCUAAACUGGAAGAAUCUGCCCUUUGCUUGGACGUACCGCGUCUUCUACGCCAUCGUCUACCACAACCUGCUGCGCAAGUCGCCCGACCUGACGCCCCGGGCGCUCUUCAAGCCCAUGAUUUCCGAGACGCGCGCGCCGCUCCUCGAGCUCGACUACAACCUGCACAAGUCCAACUCGACCUACUUCACCGACCUGGACGUGGCGCGCACGCACCUCGUGUCGUACCUGGCGCGCCGGGCCAUGCGCAACCUCGCGCACAACCACCGCACGGGGCUGGUGCUCGACCCGCGCACCGGCCGCCCCGCCCGCGGCCCCCUGGGCAUCAUGCUCGGCUCCGUGGCCUGCAGCUUCCGGCGCGAGAUCCGCGCCUACCGGGGCUACGAGCUGUGGACCCGGGUGCUCGCCUGGGACCGCAAGUGGCUGUACGUGGUGACGCACUUCCUGCCGCGGGGGACGGCCAAGCCCACCGAGUGGCUGGACCCGCGGUUCGCGGCGGUGCGCACGCGCAGCGGCAGCGACGCCUCGGGCGGCUGGGAGGCCAAGAUGCACGCGGCGGCGGUGAGCAAGUACGUCUUCAAGCUGGGGCGCUUCACCGUCCACCCGGCCAUCGUGCUGGCCGACGCGGGGCUGCUGCCCGACCGCCCGGGCGGGUGGCGCGGCGGCGACCACCACGUCGGCGACGAGGGCGCCGACCUGGGCGACGUCGACUUGGCGGCCGACGGGGACUGGGACUGGCGGAGGGUCGAGGCGCACCGGAGACGGGGCAUGGAGAUGGCGGCCCAUCUCGAGGCCUUGGACGGCACGACCGGGUGGUUUGACGGAGGCACCUAUGGCGCCCUGGCCAAGAUGGGGCCCUGCUGA